AUGCCUAUCCAACAGCCAUCUGGUCAAAUUAAACUGACAAAUGUCUCUUUAGUGAGAUUACGUAAGGAACGUAAGAGAUUCGAAGUAGCAUGUUAUCAAAAUAAAGUUCAGGACUACAGGAAAGGUAUCGAAAAGGAUAUGGAUGAAGUCUUACAGAUUCAUCAAGUAUUUAUGAAUGUAUCUAAAGGUUUAGUUGCAUCAAAGGAAGAUUUACAAAAAUGUUUUGGCACAACUAAUGUUGAUGAUAUCAUUAAAUUAAUUUUACAAAAAGGUGAAAUUCAAUUAAGUGAAAAGGAAAGACAAAUCAUGUUGAAUAAAAUUAAUAAUGAGAUGUUAACAAUUAUUAGUGCUAAAUGUAUUAAUCCAAAAUCUAAAAAAAGAUAUCCACCAACCAUGAUACAUAAAGCAUUAAUUGAAUUAAAAUUUAGUCCUGUAGUUGGUAAACCUGCAAAAUUACAAGCAUUGGAAGCAAUUAAAUUAUUGAUAUCAAAACAAAUAAUACCAAUUGUAAGAGCUAAAAUGAAAGUUAAAGUUAAUAUCAAAGCACCAACAGAAAAUGAGGAAUCAUUAGAAAAGAUUAAAAAAUUUAUCAUUACUAAAGAAAGUGAAUCUAAUACUUUAGAAUCUUAUGAAUGCACAGGUUUAAUUGAUCCCGUCGCAUACAGAGAUUUGGUCACAUUAUGUAGUCAAAUCGGUACACUUCAAGUAUUAGACAUGGCAGUGAUAGAUGAAAGUAAUUAA